AAUUAUUUCGGAAAAUCUAUUUUUUUUUCAGUAUUGUUGUGGACUAUUUACCGGCGAGGAUUCAUUGAAAGAGAAAAAAAAACGAUCGUCAUCGACGGUUAUUGAAAACAAUGUCAUUCCGACAAUUUAUAUUCAUCCUAUUAUUAGUUGGUCAUUUGUUUAUAUUGAUCUUGGCCAAUGGUAACCAUGAACCAACAAUCAGUCUAACGGAUGGUGAUAAAUUACGACUACGAAAAAUUAUCGAAUUAAAAACACCAUUAUCGGCAAAUACAUUGGCCAAUAUUUACUACAAUAUUAAUCUCAAAUUUCAUCUAGAUAAAUCGGUAUCUGAAUCGCAGAAAAUAUGUGAUCAUAUCAAAAAAGAUUCCGGUGAAACAAUCGAAUCGAUUUAUUAUCAAACAUCGAUCGCCAAACUGCUUACCGGUUGUCAAUUGGAUACGACAAAAUUGGCCACAAAAUUACAAUCAUUGAUUAAAAAUGAUUUGACCGUUAUGGAUGUUUAUCGUGCUGGAUUAGCAUUGGCAAAUAUGGGCAAACCAUUAGAUUCAACGAAAUUUCCUCGAUUAUUAAUUGAAGCCUUGAAACGUGAAGAUACAUUAUUGAAUACUGGAUUAGCAUUUCAAUUGGCAUCGAAAUUUGCUAAACCACAGGAUCAGAAUCAAUUCGUUGAGAAGAUGGCCGAUGUUAUUGUACAAGCGGAUGAAGUGAAUGGAAAAUAUCUUCAAUUCGAAGGUGGUUUAGGUGUUUCAUCGGCUGUCAUUCGUGGUGUCUAUCAAUUGGCCACCGCUGUCAAUAAAUCCGUUGGUAUAACUGCAGCUCAGGCAAUGAAAUUUGUAAACUAUUUCCUAUCACGUAAAUAUGUUCUCACACCGAAAGGUGCAUCCGAAGUGAUCGAAACAUUGGCAUUAUUCACCAAUAAUAAAUAUCACAUUCCAUAUAUGAUUACCAAAUUUGGAUCAUCCUCUUUAUCGGCAAAUGAUAAUCCUGUACUGACAUUGAAAAUAACAAAUGUUCUUGGUGAAUCUGUUGGUCCGGUAACCGUUACCGGUGCAUCAUUGUCAUUGAAUAAAGAUAAAAACAAUGCAAUAAUGAAGAAUAUUCAAUUCAAAUCAGUCGAAGGUGAUAGUACAUUGUUUGCAUAUGAUUUUUUCAAAGAUAAAAGUACAUUAUCAUUGGCAUCUGGUUUCUAUACGUUAACUGUGAAUGUUUCACCACAAAAAUCUGAUUCAAGAAUUCUUGGCAAUACCGGCAUUACAAUCGGUUUAAGUGUAUUGACACAGAUUAAAAUUGAUGAUGCUGAAUUGACCAUAACGGAUGCUGAUGUUGGUACGAAAACUUUUGGUCUCAUUUAUCCAACAUCAUUGGAUCAAUUGAUCGAUGUUGAUUAUCUGCAACGUAUUCAAUUGAAAUUUCAGAUAAAAGAUUCCCAAAACGAUAAAACUGUCCGUGUACAUCAGUCAUUUGUUCGAUUCUAUCAUAUGGAUACUAAACAAGAAAUAACUUUUGUUUCGGAAUUGGAUUCAACUGGUUUUCAUAAAGUCGAUCUAAAUCUUCCAGCACGUUCAAAAGAUUUUAAUGAACUUUCGGGUAAAUAUCAAUUGGAUCUAUAUAUUGGUGAUCCAUUGAUUAUUGAAGCUACAAGCUGGAAAAUUGGUAUGAUUAAUCUACAAUUUGGUUCAUCAUCAUCAUCAACAAAUGGACUGGCUACCACUAUGCAUCGUAAAGAAUAUUCACCGAAACCAGAAAUUAAACAUAUAUUCCGUGAACAAGAUAAACGUCCACAUGCAAUGGUAUCGAAUUUUUUCACAAUAUUAGCAUUAUUACCAUUGCUUGGUUUGUUUGUUGCUUGGUUCAAAAUUGGUAUCAAUUUAUCGGAUUUUCAAUUUUCAUUAUCGGCAUUAUUAUUCCAUGGCAGUGUUGCAGCCAUAUUUUUACUAUAUGUUUGUUUCUUUCUCAAAUUGAACAUGUUUCAAACUAUCAAAUAUUUGGCUGGUUUAAGUGCCAUUGCCUAUCUAAGUGGACAUUCAUUAUUGUCAAGAUUGAUUCGAAGUAAAAAAUGAAUGGAAAUUUUUUAAAAAAUAUAAAUAUUAAACGUAAAUAAAAAAAAAUUAUACUACA